AUGAACCCAUUGGGGAUAGAAAAUGGCACAAUACCUGAUUCGGCAAUCACAGCAUCCUCAGUUUAUAACAGUAUCCAUCCACCCUUCUCUGGGAGAUUGAAUAAAGCAAAUUCUCCUUGUUCUUGGGGGCCAUCUAGAAGAGAAGGCUCGUGGCUUCAAAUUGAUUUAGGAAAAUUGACAACUGUGUCAGCAAUUGCAACUCAGGGAUCAUGCUAUGGUGCAGCGUGGGCGAAGUCCUACUCGGUUACAUACAGCAAUGAUGGCAAAGAUUGGACUGCUUAUAGAGAGUCAGAAGGGACAAAGAUUUUUGAAAGCAACAGAGACCGAAAUUCGAUUGUUAUCCACACAUUUAAAAUCCAUAUCAAUGCUCGAUACAUUCGCGUGUUGCCAAAAACAUGGCACGUCGUUCCUGUGAUCAGACUCGAGUUGUACGGUUGUCCGCACUAA